AUGCUGACAGACGGCCAAGUAAAGCUACUCCUAUCGUUCAAGGCGGCAUCGGGACUCACGGACAAGGGAUGGAACAUAUCAGCUCCGCGGAACUGCAGCAUGUGGAGCCGAAUUAAGUGCAACGCGACGAGCGGCGAAAUCACAACACUAUACAUUGACGAUGGUUCCAUUGGAGCCCUACCCGACAUUGUCACACAAUUCACUGCUCUCACAUACCUGAGCGUAACUCGAUCGAAGGUGCCUACCACCAUUGAUGAGAAGAUCUCAGCCAUCAAGACAAUGACCCAGCUGCGAUACCUGAGCCUCGGUUCCAACUGGUUCUACUCUUCCAUCCCUGAGUGGCUUGUGCAGCUGCCCCAGCUCCGCUACCUUCACCUGCCCUACAACUUUCUCACAGGACCCAUCCCCCCCAUCACAGCGCCUCUCAGCUCCUUCGACGUCACCAGCAACCUCCUCUCGGGAACCUUCCCCCUCCGCAAAACGCCCAUCAAGGCCUGCCUCGCCGCGGGAAACUGUCUGGGAGAUGCGUCGGCGUGCGCAGUGGGGGCGGGGCAGCAGCGGGCGGACGUGGGCGACGGGUACUGUGCGGCGGUGGUGGGGGACUUGUGCCGCCCGGCUCCUGAAGCGGGGGAGACGUGGCAGGACCAGGUUGCUCUGCGCUGCUCAUCCCCGAGCGUCAUGUCCUCCACCGAUUCAAUGGAGCCUUUCGUGAAUGAACCCGAACCACCCAUGGAUGCUCCGGAAGAGGUGGAGCAGACCAAAGGCCCAGAGGACGCCCCCGUUACAGGCACAUCCGUCUCUGCGACAGAGAACAAUGCCUACGACUACACUCGCAGUGGUAACCCUACGCGGGAUGCACUCGAGAAGUUGCUAGCGGAGGUGGAGGGGGCGCAUCGUGCUUUUGUCUUCAGCACCGGGAUGGCGGCACUUGCUGCAUCCACCAGGCUGGUUACCACCGGUUCCUCCAUUGUAGCGGGUGACGACAUUUACGGAGGCACGGACCGGCUGCUCUCAAGAGUGGUGCCUCGUGCAGGUGUUGCUGUCAGGCGCGUGGACACAACGGACCUAGACGCAGUGAGGGCGGCAGUGGGAGAAGACACCAAGCUGGUCGUCAUGGAAAGCCCCACCAACCCGCGCAUGAUGAUCAGCGAUAUCAGGGCCAUAGCAGAGAUCGCUCACUCAGUGGGUGCGCUGCUACUAGUCGACAACAGCAUCAUGUCUCCGGUGCUCUCGAAGCCGCUGCAGCUGGGUGCAGACAUUGUGAUGCACAGCGGUACCAAGUUCAUCAGCGGGCAUAGCGAUGUGAUGGCUGGGAUUCUGGCUGUGAACGACCCAGACCUAGCGAAAGAGAUAUACUUUGUGCAGAACGCAGAGGGAUCAGGGCUGAGCCCCUUCGACUGCUGGGUGUGCCUUCGCGGGAUCAAGACCCUGCCACUACGCCUGGAGCGGCAGCAGGCCAACGCACAGAGAAUAGCCGAAUUCCUGGACGGCCAUGCACGAGUAGAAAGGGUGUUCUAUGCCGGUCUGCCUACCCAUACGAACCGUGACCUGCACUUCUCCCAGGCCAAGGGUGCGGGGUCAGUGCUCAGUUUCACGACAGGCAACAUCAACGCGUCGAAGCACAUUGUUGAGACAAUGAAGCUUGCUAACAUUGCUGUCAGCUUUGGCAGUGUGGCGACGUCCAUCAGCCUGCCGUGCUUCAUGUCGCAUGCCAGCAUACCAGCGGAUGUGCGCAAGGAGCGAGGCCUGGUUGAAGAUCUCAUUCGCCUCUCUGUAAGCAUGCCCGGUCUCUAA